AUGGCGGCGGAGCUGCUGAAGCGGAGCUACCAGGCUUCUGAGUCUGCGCCGCGGCCCUUCGUGAUGCGGUCCACGCGCCAGGAGGUGCCGUGGACGCCGGGCAUGGCCUCCAAGAGCCCCGUGCUCGCCCGCAUCGCCGAGGGCGCCAAGGGGCUGCCGGACAGCCUGCAGGCGAACAUGGACGAGCACGGGCGCAUCGUCUUGGACGACCUCCAAUUCGGGCCGGAGGCGCUGGCCACCCUUCUCGCCUUCUGCGCGGGCGAGGAGCUGGACCUCCGCGCCCUGACGGCCGCGCAGCGCGUGGAGGCGUGCCGCUGCGCCGACUUCUACGACAUGUGCGCCAGCUACCGCAGCAGGGUGGGCGCCGCGCUGCUCACCACCCUGGAUGGAGAGUCCGCGGACGCUACGGAGAUUGACUUCACCAUGGUUCCGCUCACGCUCGGGCCCCUCGUGCAGUCGGUCAGCAUCUCGAACGUGACGAUCCGCAACCUGACCCUGGCGCGCUGCCACAUCGGCGCAGCGUCGUUCCGAGACUGCAACAUACAUAGAGAACUGCACCUUCGAGGCCUCGGUCAGCACCACGACGCUCGCGGUGGAGGGCUGCAGCCUGCAGCAGUUCCGCUGCUGCUCGCACUGCGCGCAGGUGGUGACCUUCUCCGCCUCGCGCGUGCAGGACUGCCGGCUCCGCGGCGGGAAGGAGGUCAAAUUCGAGGACUGCACGCUCACCGACGUCCAGCUCGCCCAGGACGAGAACGACUGCAGGGACUGGACCUUCGAGAUGUCGAGGUGCAAGGUCACCAGCUUCAUGGAGGUGCCCGCGAGCAGUGUGGUCCUCUGCGACGUCUCCUUUGGCAUGGGCUGCCGCCUGACUGGUGGCCGGGACGUUAA